AUGACCUCUAGCGUGUUGCUUUAUCAAUUGUAUGUAUUCCUACUGACCUCUUUUGGUUUCUCCGUCUAUUGCAGUACUGUCAUAACCGAACUAAAACAGUUUCUGAGAGCAAGCAUCACGAUUGCCAUGGAACCUGGGAGAAUGGAUCAGCCUUGCAUGGCUGCUAUCAAUAGCCAGCCUUUCAUGGCUGAUAUUGAGCCAGUGAAGAAAGCCAAUGGGGACAUGCCUGCGACAACAGGAAGCGGAUGCUUUGACUGCAACAUCUGCCUUGAUUUUGCAGCAGAACCAGUGGUUACUCUCUGUGGCCAUCUGUACUGCUGGCCUUGUAUCUAUGAGUGGCUGCGGCCUGGGGUGGAGUCAACUGCCAGCGACAACAGCAGUUCGGCAAGGCGCCAAUGUCCCGUAUGCAAGGCAACACUCUCAAUGGACACCCUUGUGCCACUAUAUGGCCGGGGAGGGAACUCAAAGAAGUCACUGAAUGGCAUGGCCAUCCCGCGCCGCCCCAUGGUACACCGUGAGACUGUUGAGCAACAGAAUGCACAAAGCAACGUCAAUGACCAGCACUACCACCAGAGCAUGGAAGACAACCCUCAGCACCAGCCAUUGCUGCAGGCACACCACCAUCCCAUUCCCAAUGGGUUUGACUUCAUCUACCCUCCAGCACCAGUAGGGCGUGGCUUGAUCCACUCAACUGCUGGUGGGGUGCUUGGAGGGAUGGCAGAGGUUGUGCUUCCUUGGGCGCUCCGUGGCCAGCUGCCAGCGAGCUUGUACUACACGAGCCCAUACCAUGUUGCGACGCAGAACGUGAACCCCAGGCUGAGGCGGCAUCAGAUGGAAAUCGAGAGGUCCCUCCACCAGAUCUGGUUCUUCCUCUUUGUGUUUGUGGUGCUGUGCCUGCUCUUGUUCUGA